CAAUGUGCAACCUAAAUAUCAAAGAAGAAGCCACAAUAGUUUUUGGUGAAAAACUUCAGACACUUGCUUUACGAUGUGUAGGCCCUCAAAGGCUUGGCAUGGCUCGGCUUUCGUCACUCAUUUUCGGAGCUGUCCAAAAACAAAAAAACGAAAAACGAAAAACAAAACGGUGCGCUCCAAAACUUACUGUCCACUGUCCACGCUGCCCUCUCCCAACAUAAGUGCCCUGGGAGCGGCAGUAUAAAAUCGUUGAUACCCGCACAAUUGUCCAACAUUGUCGUCGCAUCGACUUCGCAGUGAACACACAACGCGCUUCUUUGGUGGUUAGAUCAAUACAAUACAAAAUAUCGAGUGAAGUGCAAUUAAUUAAUAAGAAAAUGGCUUUUCGUUAUACGUCCUUGUUCGCGUUCGGUUGUGUUCUGCUGGUGGCAUCAUCUGUUCAAGGUGCUGCCAUUGAUAAUGCGGUCACCCCUCGCAUUCACAGCUCCGAUGAGCUGAUCUCGACCAUUGUGGAUAAGUGUUUCCAUUCCAAUGCCAUGCAUUGUCUGAAGGAGAAAGUUCUGACCUAUCUAGACACGAUGGCCAAUGUGGAGGAGGAUGUCAGCGGUCGUGCCUUCGAUGAUGAUGUCAUCGAUAAGGUCAUUGUGGAUCGUGUGGCCCGCAUUCUUCACUCGAACGAGAUGCGUCUGCAGUUGCCUCAGACUUUCUUUGCUGGCUCUGUGAUGACCUAUCGUGCCGAUCGUGGCUUUGAUCUGGAAUUGCCCAAAGAAGAAGGUCGCGCUGAAAAGAAGAACAAGGACAAACUUUUCUUGCCUCUGCUGUUGCUCAUGAAAUUCAAGUUGAAGGUUGUCAUGCCCAUUCUUUUGGCUCUGGUCAGUCUUAAGGCCACCAAGGCUUUGAUUUUGUCCAAGAUUGCCAUCAAAUUGGUACUUGGCUUCCUUAUCUACAACUUGAUCCAGAAAUUGGGUGGCAUGAAGAUGAACAUGGUGCCAAUGCCAGCUCCAGUGCCAGCUGUUGAAUACGGUGUACCUAGCACCACCGCCUCCUCAUACGAUCCCAGCAGCUGGGAGCCCAUGAGCGGUGGUCCCUAUGCUCGUUGGGACUCACAGAACUUGGCCUACAGCUCUUACCAUCCCAGCAGCUCUUCCUCAUACUCCUCUGGCUCGUCGUCGUCCGGCUCAUCCGGCUCCCCGUCCAGCUACAGCUCUUCAUCUUAGAUCAAGCGCCAAGCGCUAUAAUCCUGCCGCCGCUUUUCAUAUGUGUACAUACCAAGGAAUUGAAUGCUACCACACUUCAUUCACCCAAAAUGUAGGCGUGGCAGCUCGAGUCAAGCAAACCAAAAUGUAACGGAACAUGUCUAGGACAUAGAGUUUAGUUGUUAACGUUGAGACCCCACGAGGAUUUUUAGCCAUUCUUCUUCUCAUACUUAGCCUCAUGCUUCUUUGCCCUAUUUUCUUUCACUACUCUCACUUUGCCCUUCUAUUCAUAACUAUUUCGUUUACAUACUGCACAAAUCGACCAAAAAUCAAAUUAAUUAAUUGAAAUAUUUAUUUAAUUUAUUAAAAAAUUGCAAAAAUUGAAAAACUUUAAAAAAA